GUUAUUAUGCUGUUCAUGUUGGACACAUACCUGGAAUAUAUACAUCUUGGAAAGAAUGUGAAGAACAAGUAAAACAUUUUAAUGGUGCUUUGUAUAAAAAAUUUGAUACAAAGCAACAAGCAGAAGAUUUUAUUACUAUACCAACUCAAGAAAUUUUAGAAAAUUCUUUAAAUAUUUGGACUGAUUGA